GGAAGCCCGCGAAUUUCUAAGAUAAUUAUUAAAUACAAAGGAAAUUGUCGAAUUUUGUGUAUCAGAAAAGCAAAAAACGUAAACCAUAAAAUUUAACAGAUAUUCAAAAUUGUCUACCUGCGCAAGGAAAUAUGGCAAAGCAACUGGAUAUGGAAAUGGCUACGGGCACAACUGCCGAUGUCACUGAUGAAGAUGAGGAUUGCGGGCCGCUGCCGCUGGUGAAAUUAUUGGAUCAAAGCGACAAGAUCACUUCAAAGGAAUUGAAGUUGCUUCAAAAUGCUGGAUACCACACAGUUGAUGUCGUGGCUCGUGAAAUGCGCAAAAAGUUGUUGAGUAUUAAUGGUCUCGGCGAACAAAAAGUUGACUUGAUUCUUAAGGAGGCCAAGAAGUUGGUGCCUAUGGGCUUCCAAAGCGCCCGCGUCUUGCACCAGAUGCGUGCCGAGACAAUAAAGUUGACCACAGGAUCCAACGAGCUUGACAAGCUGCUCGGAGGUGGCAUCGAAACAGGUACAAUAACAGAAAUUUUUGGGGAGUUUCGUUCUGGCAAGACGCAAUUGUGCCAUACUCUGGCCGUAACCUGUCAACUACCUAUAUCACAGGGUGGAGGCGAGGGUAAGUGUCUAUACAUAGACACGGAAAACACAUUUCGCCCCGAACGCCUGUCGUCCGUAGCGCAACGCUAUAAUAUGAAUGCAGAUGUGUUAGACAAUGUUGCUUGCGCGCGUGCCUAUAACACCGAUCAUCAGAUGCAGCUGCUGGUGUUGGCUGCGGCUAUGAUGGCGGACUCCAGAUAUUCCUUACUCAUUGUCGACAGCAUUAUGGCUUUGUAUCGAACAGAUUAUGUAGGACGCGGAGAAUUGGCACCACGCCAAAGUCACUUGGGAGUGUUCUUGCGUUCCCUACAGCGCCUGGCCGAUGAGUAUGGUGUAGCUGUGGUCAUUACCAAUCAGGUGAUGGCACAGGUUGAUGGUGCUGCAAUGUUCGCCGGCGGAGACUCCAAAAAGCCCAUUGGUGGACAUAUUUUAGCACAUGCGUCCACAACUCGUUUGUAUCUGCGCAAGGGCAAGGGAGAGACACGCAUAUGUAAGAUUUACGACUCGCCCUGCUUACCCGAAUCGGAGGCAAUGUUUGCCAUACUACCAGAUGGAAUAGGGGAUUCAAAACAAUGAGCACGAUUCAGUUAGGAGUAAUCAACAGGGGCUGAAUAAAUAUUAUUGUUAUUUUAACACUGCUUUAUAUGUAAGAGGAAUAAAUAUGUAGAGGUAUUUUCCAAA